UCUGCCGAAAUACUAUACGGAGGAAUUUUACUACAUGUUUUACCAUUCAAUGUGUUUAUAUGCGGCCGAUUUGAAUGCAUGUUACUUUGCCAAAAGCUAGAAUAUAUGGUGCCGUGGAUGACGAUUUUUCCCAGUGGUGGGAUUUAAAUUUGAAUUUGGAUCAGUUCCAAGAUGGAGUACUACAGUACACGGGGCGGUUUAUCACUGCAAGAUAUGAUCGAAUGUGAUAUAAAAACUGAUAUUGAUGAACUGAUGAAGUCAAGUAAUCAUCUGCAUGGGUUAGAUGCAAUGGAAACUGGUGAUGCAGUGAAUAAUUUUGACAUUAGAAUGGGAGACAUUGACAUAAAAUCAGCAGAGGUGAUAAAUUUUUCAUCAGGUGAAAAUGAAAUGACAAUGUUGCCUAAUCUGGAGGCACAGACUUUGGAUUGGUUAAAUAAUGUUGAUGUCCACAAUCUGUCGGUUGGGACGGAGAACACGAAUCCAAAUUUAUUAGUUAACCCGCAAACAGGAAUGCCCAUCCAACCGAUUCAACAACAACAACAGAUUCGAAUAAAUACGACACAGAAUCAACCCGGCGUUCAAAAUAUAUCAAUUUCAAAUUCUACGAUUCAUGCCAAGAUCACACCCACACAAAAUGGACAUAUUCAGUUUAUAAACAUUCCAACGUCCGCUAUUCGACAACAGAGCUUCAUUCCUGUGCAGACUCUUCAAAGUACACUAAACCAACAAAUACAGUCGCCAUUCCGAACCCUUCAACAGCACAUUACGGUGAAGCCGCAGCUGAAAUCCAUCCCUCCGAAAGAAGAUGAGAAGAAGUUUCCCAAACCGGUAUAUUCAUACAGUUGUCUCAUCGCCAUGGCAUUGAAAAACAGCAAGAAUGGCAACCUGCCGGUCAGUGAGAUCUACAAUUUCAUGACUAUGAACUUCCCUUACUUCAAGACUGCACCAGAUGGUUGGAAAAAUUCGGUGCGUCACAACCUGUCCUUGAACAAGUGUUUUGAAAAGAUCGAGAAUCCAAAGAGCCAGGGGGGCAGCUCAAGAAAGGGGUGCUUGUGGGCGAUGAAUCCUGCCAAGAUUGAGAAGAUGGAGGAGGAGAUUGCCAAGUGGAGGAAGAAGGAUCCUGUAGCGAUUAAGCGGGCGAUGGCAAAACCUGAUGACCUUGACAAGUUGGAGAGAGGUUUGAAGGGCACACCAUCAGAGCCGAAGGACCUUGAACCUGUGACGUUGAGCAUUCCAGAGGGCAGUCAUCAUCAAGGAGUUAAAGACAUCGUAUUGAGUGAUAUCAACCUUUUAGAUAACAAUUUAGUAGAACUCAAUGAUUUAGAUUUACAGCAUACGUUAUUAGAAGAAUUUUACAACGCAGAAGAAAUCAACAUUGAUAAUGUCCCCGUGUCGGCCUCACCAAUGAUCUCAUCAGGCAAUAUACAGAUACUGUCGUCCCCAUCAAUACAACUAACACCAACAAAAGCACUUCCUCUCUCUGAAGAAAACACAACCAGUAUACAGGGAAGUUACGUCUACACACCAGUCUCUUAUGGACAGUUUGACAACAACUUACUCAACCAGUCUCACUCGCAGUACUUCUACAGCCCGACGUCAAGGACGGUAUCUGCCCAGACGUGAUAAUGCUGACCUUCUUACUCGCUUGGAGUAAAAGCAUCUAAAGAUGUGUGUGCAGGUCAAUGGCCUAUCCUUGGCUGUGUGCUAUUCCACUUCCACAGCUUGAGAGAUCACUUUCAUGGCUCUGUCACAAGCAGCCAAUCACGCCAUGGUUGAUCACUAUUAUACAAUGUAUUACCCUGAUUGUUUCUGCAAAAGCUGCCAUGCAAUCACAGUGGCACUGCAUCAGAGAUCACUAGUGGUCACCCAUGAUCCACUGCUAUCCCACAAUCGGUUGAGCAAUCCAAGGAGCGACUGGGCUUGACAAAGUUUAUGUAAAGUGAUAGUUGUGAAACAGACUGUAGUUCUAGAGUUUACUUUAAAAGAGGUCACAAUAAGUUCUUUCAAAUAGUCUUGAUGUCUGAGAUGCCCUAAAGCAGUGGCGAUCAGUCUUGGGCAAAUUGGGUGAAAAAUAAAAUUUUGGUUUUUGACAGCCAAAGAAUUGCUGAUUUGCUAUGAAACAGAUAGUAAUGUGAUUGUCCAUGUACAUGAAGUGUUAAUUUAAAAAUACAAGUUGUGUCAUCCUUCAUUGGUGACUGUGUCAUUCUAAGUUUUGUGAUACAAUAUAGCUAUUCUGCAAUUUCAUAAAAAUAGUGAAGUCUAUUUGAUGUGCUUGAGAUUUCGAGUAAUUUUCAAAUUCAUUUUGUGUGUGGGUUGUGUGAUCAUGUCCUAAAUGUGCUAUAAAUCAUGUGUGUGGUUUGUGAAGUACAGUUAUCAUUCUAGUUUAGGUACAGACACCGCCUUAAUGAUUGAAUGUUUUCUAGACAAACUCUCAAGAAGUGGAUCCCCACCUAGAAGCUUUUAUGACAUUGAUAAAUCCAUAUUCACUUCAAAACAUCAAAAGUUUGGUCUGGCGAGUUGCCUUGAGUACAUGAAACAGGGUGCUCUACCUGAUAGCUUGAGUAGCAACAUCAUCUGCAGUAUGACAAACUAGAGAAGGCCUGUUGUUUGGGACACUAAGUAUUCAAAAACUAUAACACCGCUAUGAACACCUAACCCCCUGUGCCGGAAUUGUCGUGAAAGGGCAGUUUUCUGACCAGUGCCACAAAUGACGACAUUUAACAAUGUUUUCUGCGGGUGACUUUUUGAGGAAUAAAGUAUAAUAUGGUGAAGAAAAACAAGCGAUCAACUUAGCAUUCUUUCAAAGUUGUGAUAAAUUGUGGUCCUAAUGUACUGAAAAACGUUUUGUAUUGACACUUCUCGGUUCUUGUCCGGUGUGUUAGUUUUGUAAAUUGUUGCCAUUAUAUCUUGAUCUGUAAAUAAUUCUGUAAAAAAAUAAUUUGUCGCUUUGAAAUUUUAGUGAACAGGAAUGUGAGGUGGAUUAUGAUUUUAAAUACUUGAAUUAUAAUUGAUUUUAUGACUUUCGAGAGCACUUUGAGAAUUGAGGUAUACAGAAGGAAAAAAAUGAGGAUGACUUGCAUGAUGUCAUGGCAGAGUGAGGUUAGGAAACUCAACUGAGCCACUUGUGACAUUACACUGUUGCAUUCCUGGAAGUCAGUCUACCAAUACAUCAUGCUGUUUAUCAAUAGGGCCUUUCUCUGUGAUGAAAUACUUACUGUAGCACCGAAACUUUGAAUUUCACUAAUAACAAUUUAUGCUAUAUUUCUUUUUUUGCAGUAAAACUAAUGCUUGUAAUGAAAUCGCAUUUUCAGCAUAGUGCCAUGAUUUGAAUACAUUUACUUUCCAUUGGCGUUAUGUCUAAUAUGAUUACUACAGUCAUUUAACGAAGUGACAUUAUACCCCUGGAAAGCUUAGAUACUUGUUUUUGUGUUGUUAGUAAGUUAUAAAGCCUAAGUUUUGCUUUACAGUUUUAUUGUCAUGUUUGUUGUUUGGAUAAAUUCAUUGUUAUAAUCAGUUUCUGGUUAAAAAAGACCAGUCACCUGAGAUGUUUAAAGUUCACAAGAUAAAAAAAAACAAACCAGAAAUGAAACAAAAUGAAUGUUCAAUGCAAAAGGGAUGUACUGUAAACCUGGAAAUAUUCAUGUGCCUUUUAUUUUCAUAUUCACAGACAAUUACCCUGGUUAUCAUAAUAUCUUUGGCGGCGAAAUCAAGGGAAGUACUGUUAUAGGGUGAUUAAAAAAUUUACUCUCAAACUAAAGGCACAUCAAAGUUGAUGUUUCACAAAACCGUCGGCAAAAGUGGCUGUGAAUAUUUCCAGAUUUGCAGUAUGUUCUCAUAUUCACUGUUUAGAGUUGCAAACGAUUUAUAUAGUAAUUUUCUCUAUCAUAAAUGAAUUAGGAUAGCAAAGUUUUAAAGCUGUAAAUAUUUUCUAUUUCUGUGAUUGUUUCAAGUUUCGUCACCUUCAGACCAUUAGGUGGUCAUUACUUUUCAGAAGUGGUCUGAUGAGAAAAAUGAAAUUUAUAUUCUUUUCUAUUCAGAAUACAUGUAUCCAAGAGGUUCACAUGCUGCUAAUCAUUGUGCAAAUUCUCAAUCAGUGGAACAGCCAUCAGAACACAGUCAUUAGAACUAAAAUCUGUGAACAUUAGCACAGGUUGUGGCUGAGAAAUCAUGAAUAAGUCAUUUAAAAACAUUCUUAUUUAUCCAAGAUCUUUGUCCUGGCUGCUCUUUGGGUGGCAGUACUGGUGACGCUUGAUGAAGGAUGUUAGACAUUGUAUCAUCAGAUAUUCAGGUCUUGAGUAGACAAAUUAAUUGAGUUUAAAUGGAUCAUUUGCAUAGCUUAUUUCUAAAGCAGUGUACAGAUGCACUUAUACAGUUGUACCUGAUCAGCUUUCACCCAAAAUGCUUAAAGGUCUAUGCCUUUCAUGUUCAAUGUAUUUUAUUGUGGUUCAGGUAAUCAGAAAUAAAGUUUGCCGUGCUGCAUUUAUUAUGCACAAGUUUCAAGUUUUUGUAGGUAUGGAGAGGGCCUUUAAAAAGUAUACAUUGAAUUGUGUAUUUUUUAUGACUGCCUAUCUGGCAAUUUUCUAUGCAGAUUUAUGUUUGUAUGUAUAUCAUGUAUGUAAAAUAUUUGUAAAUAGACAAAUGUUAUCAACGGUAAAUGCUAGAUAGCAGACACAGGCCUGCAUUUAGAUCACAUGUGAUCUAAAAUUUUGUACAAACUUUCCAUUGGGUGUUGUUUUGCAUCCAGAUGGGUUAUUUUAUAUGUUAGUUUUUCUUUGUAUGGCAUUUGUUAUUUGUAAUGUAUAUUGAUGGACUGCAUUUUCAGAAGUUUGGAUCAAAUGUUUUCAUAGAAAGUUUUAAGUCUCAAAAUGUAUUUUAAUUCUUUGAUACUUGAUAUGCAUGCCUUAUACACAAUUCUACCCUUUAAAUAUCUGUACAUUUGUAUGUCUUCCCUGUGCAUUUCACAUUGAUUGAUUGAAGUCAAUCAGAACUACACUUCUAUUCAAUAGCACAAUUGUUAUGUCAAUCCAAAUCUGUAUUAUACUAACUUAAAGUGCACUUCACCCUUUGGUGGAUGCAUCAUAGAUUAUCUGGGGGAAAAUUUUCGGCAAUCAUGAAUUGACUUGAUUUUGAUGAAUUCUGUCAAAUAAUAAAGUAAUUUUCCCACAUCAUUUCUUUAGAUGAGAUUAUUAAUCUGGGUUGUUAAUCUUAAAAUGAUAUUUUCUGGAGAUGUGUGAAGCUAAAGUCUUUUGUAUUUCUGUAACGCUUUUAUUAUUUUGUAAAUAAAGGGCUA